GGUAGUGGACGACAGCUCUCUGCUCUGUGCUCGGGUGUAGGUUAGAGAGGUCUGUGAUCAGAACAAAAGUAACACUUUGUGGGCCGCAGAGAUUUUAGGGAGACUGUAGGUGGGAAACAUCAACAUGGGGAAUUCGGAGAGUGGUUGCGGGGGAGGCAGUGGGGACGAGGAGGACAUGGAAACGGAGAGUCCGGGUUUCGCGGAAGACAGUCCGGCCUCUGCGGCCACUGGCGUCGGUGUUGGUGGCGGCGGAGGCACUGGUUCUGGCAGAAGCGGAAGAGGAUCGAAUGGCCUAUCGGUACCCACCGGUGGACCCCCCAGUCCUGAGGCUCUCCUGGAACAAGUGAAACUGAGGGAAGCAGCAGCUCGCAUUAGCGAUUCAGGAGUGGCUAUCCCGGAGUCGGUUCUCGCCGGGAAUGAAGGCGUUCUUGUGCGGUGGCUAGAGGACCGGCUGAACCGUGGAGAGGAGUCUGUCAAUGUGGAACAGUUUUGUGAAAUGCUGGAAAGCAGAGAUGCGCCCAGAGAAGAGUGUGAAGAGGCAUUUGGUCAGUUUGAUGCAGAAGGAGAUGGAGUGGUGGAUGUAGAAACUAUGCUGAUUGCCUUAAAAAACUCCAAUGGCGCCAAUCUGCAGGGAGAACUGAGUCAUGUAAUUAGACAACUACAGGCAUGCUCACUAACUCCAGGUUUUGUUGACAUUUUCUCCAAGACCAAAGACCGGUUAGGGGCACAUGCCUUUAAGAUCCUCAAAUUCUUACAUAGGAAUCGUAUUCCCAGCAGUGCCAUCCCUUUCCCUCUCUUAGAAGGCUACAAUAGUAUCUGCACCAUGAGGUCCACGGUGGUCCAGGACUAUCUAGAGUUCCUUCUACAGAAAGAAAAAGAUUUGGAUAUCCAGUACAGAGCAGAGCUAAACCGUGAUCCGGAUGUAGACAAGGUCAAGGUGGUCACUCAGUGUUACAGUACGAUUGAAGCAUCAUCAAAUAUUUCUGAUAUUUACAAAAUGACAAAUGGGGAGACGUCGUCUUUCUGGCAGUCAGAUGGUAGCGCUCGUUCACACUGGAUCAGAUUAAAAAUGAAACCAGAUGUGGUUUUGAGGCGCCUGGCCAUCGCUGUUGCUUCCAAUGACCACAGCUAUAUGCCUCAGCUGGUCUCUGUGGCUGUAGGAAAAAAUAGACGUUCAUUACAGGAGAUAAAAGAUAUUCGUAUCCCAAGCAAUGUCACAGGCUAUGUAGCCCUCUUGGAAAAUGCCAACAUCACACACCCAUAUGUUCAAAUCAACAUAAAGCGUUGCUUGAGUGAUGGAUGUGACACAAGGAUUCAUGGGCUGAAGACAUUGGGAUAUCAGAUUACCAAGAGUAAGGACAUGUCUGUUUCGGAUGCUUCAGCCAUCUGGUACCUGUCUCUCCUCACCUCUUUGGUCACUGCUUCUAUGGAGUCUAACCCAGCUCUGGCACACACAGUCCUUCAGAGCACACAAAAAACCUUAAGACACAUGCCACCUUUGUCUUUAACGCCAUCAUCUGCUGAGUUCCCCUUCUCUAUGAACAUUUUGGAAGAAGUGGAUGGAUUUCUCUUAAGGAUAGCUGAUUAUUGUAUGAGUCCCGAUGCGGAGUUGACCCUCUUGGCCUUUGCACUGGCAAGAGGCAGCGUUACAAAAGUCCUCCAUGCUCUGUCCAGUAUAUGUGACCAUUUGGAGACACAAUACAAGGCAUCAUCCCUCAUCAAAUCUAUGGCCUCAGUCAGACUGCGUCUUCUCUACCGCAAUGGAAAACAUCUUCAGUUGCACUUACAAGCAUGUGAUGUAAAGAGCAAAGAAGAGAAAUCUGGUCCAGAAAACAUGCUGUCUGAGACUUCAACAGGAGAUGGUUUUCUCACUGAAAAUGGCAAAAGGAAAGCCAGUAUAAUCCUGUCAACAGAAGAUCAGAGCGAUUUUCAAGUCACUCAGAUGAAAAUCAAAGUGCGAAAAGGACCCAUCGGAGCCAAGUGUGGUUUAGUAUUUGCCUACAGGGAUGAAGACCCUUUUGACGCCGAGAAACAUUUCAAGAGAUUUAAAAAGUUUGACUCUUGGGACUACAGAGAGUACAAAGAGUUUGUUCAAAAUAAUGUAAAGACUGCUCGACUAUCUGAAGAUGACCCUAUUGGUUGGUUUGAGCUUGAGGAAGACUGGAAUGAUAUAGAAAUCAAACUGCAGCAGUGCCGUGUUGCAAAGUUCUUGAUGGUUAAAUUCCUAUGCACCAGGCAGGACACAGCAGAGCGCUUGGGAGUGCAGGCACUCAGCUGUAGUGGGUACUUGUGUCCCAAAGGUGAACGGCUUGUGGAGUUGGAUGAUCUCAGUCCAGAUGGAGAGAGUUCAGACACUGAUGUUGUGUCUGGUCUUUGUCUCCUGAACAAGACACUGUUCUUCAUACAGCAACUGACGCAAGACAUGGAUACCUCUUUCUUCAAACAGAAGUAUAUGCUCAGCUUCAGUGAUCUUAGCUUGAAUGUCUUCUGGGAAUUCUACAGUAAACUCAGGGAGAUCGAUGAGGAUGAGGUGGUCAAAGCUAGAGUUCUCCUCCUACAGUUGAUGCAAAACUGCUUUCCCAUGUUGCCCAAUCCACUGGAGUCGCAGCACUCAGAUGAAGCCAAAAGGGCCAAUGACGAGGCUGCCUGUGCUUCCUCGUCCUGCAGUGUAGAGACUGAUUCAGCAAAGGCUGUUCAAGAACUGUACACGGACCUCUGCAAAAUUGUUGAUGGUCCAGAGGGGGACACUUGGAUGAACAAAGCUUUGCACAAAGAAGCAGUGAAGGCCAUCCUGAACGGAGCACCUGUUUUCUUCCCAGACAAAAGUGUUCGAAGGGAAAAACUCUUUCACAUGAUGAAAAACAUAACCGAAGAAGCUCAGCCUGAGUCUGUCAGAGUAACAUUUGAGUCCCUUUGCAAUUACUUCAGCGAUCAGGAUCCUAGUGGUUUGCUGCUGCUCCCACCCAAAGGUGCACCUGUCGACUUUGACAUAAAGCCCAUUCUGUCAGUGAUGGAGACCCUGCUACUGGUGGCAACUAGAGAGUGUGAGCUGAUAAUGACUGAUGAAAGUGGCAGUGGCAGUAGAACGGUGAUGCUGUCCUUAUUCUGGGCUCUACAGGGCAGCAUGCUCUCCUGGUGCUAUCUGCAGCUCAAGGGGAUUGCUUCUACUCCAAUUACAAUGGAUCUCUCCAGAGAGAUUCUGAUCAAAUACGUGGAGCAAUUCUUGAGAAAUAUUAAGACGGUACUACAUUCUAUGCUUGAGAAAUACACAGGUCCUGAAAUUGCUGACAAACUGCAUCACUCUAUUCUGGUCAUUGUCUUUAGACAGCUGAUGAUCUUCCUCUUGGAGCUGUGUCCUCUGGACAUUCCUCAUAGUGUGCUCCUCAAGAGCUUCUCCUCCCUCGUGGAGCUCCUCAGAAAUCUGUCCACACAUUCUGGAGAUAUCCUCUCCAAGGAGAGUUCCCAGCAGCCUCAGCAGCCUGUAGUACUGAGGACAUGGAACAUGGAGUCCCCACACAACUAUGAGAACAGCCGUCAUGAAACCACCAUUUUUGCUUGUCCUGGUGCCACAGUUUUUGAGGUGGAGUUUGAUGAACGGUGCGAAACUGAGAAAAGAUAUGACUAUCUGGAAUUCACAGAUUCUCGUGGUGGUAAAGUUCGCUAUGACAUGAAAGUGGGAACAGAGAAAUGGCCAAAAAAAGUCACAUUUGAUGCUGGCCCUCAGCUGCAGUUUCUGUUCCACUCUGACAGCAGUAAUAAUGAGUGGGGCUACAAGUUCACUGUCACAGCUUUAGGUCUGCCAGACAUCACCAUCUCCUGGAUGUCAGAUUUGGAGCUGCUGGUUGCACGCCUUAUGGGUCGCUUUGCAUCAAGAACGUUAGGGCUAAAAUCACCCUAUGAGAUACGCAGUAUAAAAGAGCUAUCACCUGGUAAAGUAUCACAUGUUCAGUCUUCCCCAUUAUGGAAACCAAUUCUGCGACAUGGGCUGUGUGAAACAAAAGCCAGUGAUCCAAAAAAAGCAACAUCAGAACAGAUAAGCACAUGGACUCAUGAGGAGUUGUUAAACUUCUUGGAGGACUUUGCUCGUUGGAACCCCUCCCAAGAAGUUUCUGAUGGUAGAACAGAGUUAAUGAAGACACUGAUGCAAUGUUGCAGAAAACAGCUGAUCCGAAAUGAGGUAGCAUCUGGUCCUAAAGCAGACCAAGCUGUUAAUGCAAUAUGGGCAGCUAUGGUAUACCACACACCAGCCCUCAACCAUGCUCUGGCAGCUUAUGUUAACCAGGAAUGUAAGUCUUAUUUAAGUGAAGAAUUUGCACAUGUGUAUUUUCUGGCAGACAGCAUUAGAAUGUGGAUGCUGGAAAUAAGACAGAGAUACUUGGUUGGCAAAAUGAAUGUCCCUGAUGAGAAGCAAGUUGGAGCUGAGGAGGUUACAAUUGACUCACUUGCCAAUAUGUGUAUUGAGAAGAGCCUCCUGCUGUUCCGAUUCCCUCCAUGCGGUGCCCCAUAUCAGGAGAGUGACUCUAGAGGGGCAGAGGGCAGAUGUGUUCCUCUUAUCCGCUCCAGUUCAAUUUCAGAAAGCGACUUCCAGGCCAGCACUUCACAGGGACCUCCAUCACUGGGAGAUGAAGAGGGCAGCAGGGCAAAAGAAGGACAAAACUGCCCCCCCACCCUCCAGACCCAAACCUCCACUGGCUCACAUAGGAGGGGUCACAGGGGCUCUACAGAAAGCCUGUCCUCUCAGCCCGGAGAGCCAACGUCUCCCUCCACCUUCUCACGAAAGGCCCCCUUAAGCAGAGCACGCCUGCGCCUCUUGUCCUGUCGCUCAAUAGAAGAACCUCGCCUGGCACUGUCUGUAAAGGAUCAGUAUCCAAUCCUCAAGCACAUUCUAAAUUUUAUAAAGGACCAAGCUCUCACGACAGCCAGCAUAUUACAUGCUCUGGCUCUAAACAAAGCCCAGGCUCUGAGCGUGUGCAACGUCCUGGAAAUGGUCCAGCAAUGCUUACGGUCACUGGGGAGGCCACAUCUUUUCCAGCCUCCGUGUAUUUUAUUCCUCCAGGAGCUUUUAGCCUGUCAGAAAGACUUCACAAGUUACUUUUCCCAGUUGUCAGAAAGUGGUCAGAAGCAGGGAGAGGAUGUGAGGCGGUCCUAUCACCAGUUGGUUCUGAUGCUGGUUGAAGCAGUCCAAGGCUUUGGCAACUUAAAUGAAAAAACACUACUUCCAGGACUGUCCUGUGUUCAGACCUGCUUGUUGCAUCUCCUUGACAUGAACUGGGAUGUACAGGACCUGUCUUUGUUUUCGGCAGUGAAGCUUCCUGAUCUCCUGCUCACAAUGUCCCAGGAGAACAUAAGUGUUCAUGACAUUGCCAUCAGUCAGUGGACAGAAGAAGAUGAAAUUGCAGACUACAAGAAGAACCAAGAAUGGAUGGAUGAGUGUAUGGAUGGGAUGUUUGAGAAAUGGUAUGAUAAAAUAGAGGAAGAGGACUCCAUGGAGGACAGACGAAAGAUGCACAUGUUUAUAGCACGAUAUUGUGAUCUUCUCAAUGUGGUGAUUUCCUGUGAUGGCUGUGAGAGGAUGGCCCCAUGGCACCGUUAUCGAUGCCUUCAGUGCAUGGAUAUGGAUCUGUGCAAGACGUGCUUCCUAACAGGUGGGGCUAAACCAGAGGGACAUGAGGAUGACCAUGAGAUGGUGAACAUGGAGUAUGCCUGUGACCAUUGCCAGGGCCUCAUUGUGGGCAGCCGUAUCAACUGUAAUGUUUGUGAAGAUUUUGAUUUGUGCUUUGGCUGUUACAAUGCCAAAAAAUAUCCAGACAGCCACCUGCCAACACAUAGAAUUACAGUUUACCCAAUGGUGACUAUUCGGAUCAGUGACCGCCACCGUCUGAUCCAGCCUUACAUCCAUAACUACUCGUGGUUGUUGUUUGCUGCUUUGGCUCUGUACACCUCAGACCUGAGCAGUGAGAAGAAGUGUGAGGGAGAAAGUCUGGAUACCAACAUACUGAAGCAGGCCUCAGGUCUGCAGAGACGCUGCUCCCAGCUCAUCACUGACUGUUUGCUCAAAGGACAGACUGGAAAAGGUCUGCGUUCGUCAGCUCUGCUUGCUCUCUUGCUGUCUAAUGAAUCGGUGUCUGAUAGUGAAACUUGCCUAGUCUCUCCUGAAUCCUCUCAGGAGCUCAGUACAACCACUGAUACCUCCUCUCUUGCUGAAAGUACAGCUGCAAUAUGUUCCCCUACAUCUCCUAAAGACAAGAGCAAACCAUCUGGAAAAGAAAAAAAGGUAAAGGAGAUAUCCUCUGUCCCAAAUGCACCUGCAGAAGGACUGUCAAAUACUGGUGAAGGUGAGAAACGGAAACUUGUGGCUCAAGACACUCUGGACUCUUGUAGCCUCAGCCAGACUCCUUCUGUAUCGAGUGAAGAUGCUCUAUCUCCAGUCGUUCGACCUUCAGGCCCUGAACCAGGCAUUUGUCCUGAAUCUGAUUCUCUGAAGAUAAAAGACCAGAGGCUUCCCCCAGUUCCCCUCCAGGAACAUGUGUUUUCCGAGUGCUCCAAAGAGAGGAUCCUUGGACUUCUCGCAGCCAUGUUGCCCCCUGCCUCUCCGGAGUGUGCACUUUCUUUGCCAAGUCUGGACACGAUCCUGCCUCAGCUCUUCAGGGCAGUUAUUUCCAAUGCUGGCUCCCUUAAUGAGACUUUCCACCUCACCCUGGGAUUACUGGGGCAGCUCUUACUCCGGAUAACUCCAGUCGAGGCCGACGCUGCUGUGACUGAGGCCCUGGCUGACAAAUACGAGCUGUUUACUCAAGGAGAUACCUGUUCAGAUGGUCAAGGGUGGAAGACCACCCAACUACUUUUUAGCUUGGGGGCUGUUUGUUUAGACAGUCGAAUUGGUCUGGACUGGGCUUGCACUGUGGCAGACAUUUUGCACAGUUUGAACUCGUCAUCUGAAUGGAGCACAGUCAUUGCUUCCUUCACUGAUCACUGUAUACAACAGCUGCCAAAUUCUCUGAGAUGCACCAAUCUUUUCACUCUGUUGGUGCUGGUGGGCUUCCCUGAGGUUCUCUGCGUUGGCACCCAAACAGUGUUUAUUGACAAUGCAAAUGAACAACACAACAUGAUCUUACUCAAACACUUCACAGAAAAGAAUCACGCUGCAGUGGUUGAUGUUAAGACAAGAAAGCGUAAAACAGUUAAAGACUACCAACUAAUUCAAUCUCAUGAUUCAACAUCUGGAGAGGGCUCCAAAAAUGCACUUCUUGUUCGUUAUUUGAACAAUUUUACCUCUAUCAUUAGCCAUCUACUGCAGGCAUCCCCAGACAACACCUCCACUAAUGCUGUUGAAGCUUCCUGGGUCCUCUCAUUAGCUCUCAAAGGUCUCUACAACACGCUUAAGAAACAUGGAGUAGCAGAAGCCCAAAAAGCCAUUCAUCAGGCCGGUCUGACACAGCUGCUGGUCAGGAAGUGCAGCAAAGGAACAGGCUUUAGCAAACUGUGGCUUCUCCGUGACUUGGAGAUCCUGUCUAUCAUGUUGUACUCCUCUAAAAGAGAAAUCCACUCUAUGACCCAGGACCCUGAUAGAGACCCAAAAGAGCAGGAAAAGGAGCAUGACUCGGACCAAUCCAGCUGCUGUGCUGACGAGACAGAUGUGAACAAGCCGGAUCCACUUGAAGGCCUGGAUGAAGAGACCAAGAUUUGCUUUCAGAUCACCCAUGAUGCCUUAAAUGCCCCUCUGCCCAUUUUGAGAGCUAUGUACGAGUUACAAAUGAAAAGAACGGAUUCCUUUUUCCUGGAGGUUCAAAAAAGCAGAUUUGAUGGAGAAGAAAUAAAAACGGAUGAGACAAUUCGGACCCUUGCUCAGAAGUGGCAGCCUCUCAGACGACUGAGGUCAGAAGAAAGAAACACAAAGGCUGUGGAUACUGACAUGAUUGUAGUGUCCUGUGUGUCAAAGCCCAGUCACUGUGAAAAAGCGACGGAGGAGAUCAAUGUAGUGGCCCAGAAGCUGAUCACAAACUCUGAAAGCGACCUGCAGCUGAGCUACGCCAAACAGAGGCGCACCAAAAGCUCCGCCCUGCUUCACAAAGAGCUGGACGUGCGCAGUAAUCGGGCCGUUCGACAGUACCUGGUGAAGGUGAACCAGGCCAUUGCCACGCUGUACGCCCGGCAUGUGCUGGCCUCUCUGCUGGCAGACUGGCCCGUCGAGACCCCCCUGAGUGAGGAGGCCCUGGAGCUGAGCAGUGCCUCUCACAUGGCCUACAUCCUGGACAUGCUGAUGCAGCUGGAGGAGAGGCCGCUCUGGGAGAAGAUUCUUCAGCGGGUGCUAAAGGGCUGCAGUCAGAGUAUGCUGUGUAGUUUAUCCCUAACAGCGUGCCAGUUUAUGGAAGAGCCCGGGAUGGCAGUGCAGAUCCGAGAAUCAAAGCAUCCAUAUGAUAACAACACCAACUUUGAGGAUAAAGUGCACAUCCCUGGAGCGAUCUACCUGUCUAUAAAGUUCGACUCGCGCUGCUUCACGGAGGAGGGCUGUGAUGAGCUCAUCAUGUCCAGCAGUAGCGAUUUUCUCCAGGAUGUUCAUAAUUUCAGUGGCUCUCCUCAGAAAUGGGCCGACUUUGAAAUUCCUGGUGAUACCCUUUACUACAGGUUUAUGUCCGACAUGAGCAACACAGAGUGGGGCUACAAAUUCACCGUCACUGGAGGUCACAGAGGCCGCUUCCAAACAGGCUUUGAGAUUUUGAAGCAAAUGUUAGCCGAGGAGCAAGUACUAAGUCACCUGCCUCUGAAUGACAUCUGGGAGUGGCAAGUGGGCGUGGCGUGUCGGCAAACUGGAAACCCGCGCCUCAAAGCUAUUCACCUCUUACUCCGUCUCCUGCAGUGUCAAUCACAGAUAUCUUGUGACCUGACUUUGCUGCGACCCCUGUGGCAGCUUUUCAUGUCCAUGGAGUCCAGCGUGAGCCAGGACCCCACUUCAGUCACGGUGCUGCUGCCUCUUCAUCGAGCCCUCACUGAACUCUUCUUCAUUGCAGAAGCACAGGCCAGUGUGCAGGGUGUUCUGCAGGAGUACUUGUUAGCUAUGACAACUGAUGAACAGCUCCAUAAUCAUACAGCUAUGGCUCUGAAGAACAUUGCUGCUAUCAGUCUGGCCAUAAAUUACCCGAAUAAAUCAACCAAGUUACUCAACAUGUCGUCGUGAAGAAGACAAGAAGGCAGAGAGACGAUGGCAAGAGGACACAUUCUGAGGGGAAUAAGUCAUACUGUGUCUGUGUGUGUCGGGGGGUGACCUCCUUAUCAUCGACCACUUUAUUUUCAACUGGCCCCUACGUCCCCCCACCCCCCUGCCUCUGCCUUAGACAAAUCCAAUAUAUCAGCAUGUGCAUUCUCUGGAAGAACAAGUCUGAAGAUUAUUCAUCAGGAGGACGGCAAGUGUGCCAUAACAACACCGUCAGAUGGGACGUGGAUGAAUAUUCCUUGGUUUUUGGCCUUAUUUUGUUCAAAUGAUAAGCCACACAAGAUUACAUAGUGGAUUGCGGUCACCUUGGCCACACGGUCUCCAUGGACAUGCAGAGCAUCCUAAAAAUACUGUCCAGGACAGUGGAGCUUCAUUAGUCACCAUGGGGAGUGUGGGCUGACCUACUAGCUUCUUCAAUCACUUCACUUGCUCCUUUCCCAGCCAUCAUCUCUGGUACCAAGGUGCAUUUUGGGACACUUUGUAAUUUCAGAGUAUUGUAAGCAUCUAUCUCUGCAUCUCAGAUUUAUGUACAAAUUUACCAUCAACGAGAGGAAAAAACUGACCUGUGUGUUGCACUUAGUGGCCCUGACCUAAAAUAAUAGCCAUAGUUUUUGCAUAGAACAAGAAAUAAAUUACAACAGGGGCAAAACUGUGAUUUAACAUUUUUCCAUUUGAUUCAUGAUAAAUAUGAAGUACUUUCACUGCACCUUAUUAAAAAGUGUGUUAUGAUGUCAGUUCAUCUUAGACCCAUUUCACUAUUGAACACUUAUGACUAACCCUCACUACUCUCCCUAAAUCCCACUAAACCAAAAGGACCAUAAGUCUCUAUGGAGCUUUGUACAAUGCACAGUGUACAAUAGACCACAAAACAACUGAUAAUCUAUACUUGAUGAAAAAGAAUAAUUUCUUAAGUAUUUGCUUUUGUUAUAUAAAAGGUUGUAAUAAUUAAAAAAUCAGUUCAAAUAUUUUGAAGACCCAACCCUGCCAGAGGUAAAUAAUUUUAUGUUAAAAACAUAUUUUAUGAAAUGAAUCUAAAACUGUUGUUUUUGCUUGUAUUCUCAUUUAUUGAAAAGAUUCUGGUGUGAUUUUCUUUAGUUUGUAGUUAGUAAUGUUUUAUGCCAAAGAAUUUAAUCAUUGUGACCCAUGUGACUUGUGAACAGCUCCUUUAGUCUCAUCACAUAUCAGACACUCUGGAGCAGAGGAAAACCUUCUUAAAACUAAUUUUAUGAAUGAUUUUUAUUUUGAAGUGGUCUUAUGUGGACUGAAAGAAGAGUGUGAUUCUGUUUACACAAACAUCAGAUCCACGGCCUCAGUCAGCCUCACUCGUAUCUACAAUGUGCCUAAAGUUAAAAAUGAAGCAAUCAUUAUUUAACUCAUGUUAAUGUAUGGAUUAUUCUAUUUUAAUGAUAAAUAUAUUGUUUAUUUUGAGGGUUUUCUAACUUUUUACUUUUAGUGUUUCUUUUCAUGAAAGUGCUUAGUUUUUGAGGCGGAUUAUUUUUGAAUGUACAUAUCUGUGAAUAUUAAUUGCACAGAAAAGAGACUUUGAUAUCAACCCGUACAACUAUAUGAAUACUGGUCACUAUAUAAUGGACACUGAUUUUGUAUGCAUGGCAUUGGACGUGUAAGUGCUGCUUGGGUUAAACAGUGAUCCAUUUAUAAUAAAAAUAGAACUGUCUCUAAAGUA